UGGUGGAGUUCCAGUGACAGCUGGCUGCUGAAGACCAAUCAGAGAGCUCGCAGAUGGAAGGCAGUAUGUUUGAGGCUCUGCAGGCAGGAGGUGUUUGAAGAACCAUGUCAGCUCCUCCAAUGAUGUAAAGAAGGAUCCCUUUCGCUUUUAUUUGAUUUUUGCCUCCUAAACAGCUGUGAACAUGCAAACUGUAACUUAGUAUAGCGGAAAACGUUUUUUCACGAGCAAUGCGUUGGACUUAAGUGUGGAUUUGUUCCAGGUUUUCCUCGCUGCCCGGCAGAACUCAUGAAACCCUCUUCAGAGCGACGGGUUUAUGGACUCGCGUAUUAGCUAAUGAUGUCUAUGGGUUUCAUGCCUGACAGUCUGAAUGCCUCAGAUCCCUCCAAAUCGGCCUUUCUAGAGUUUGGCCACGGACAUCCGGCACACCAGCAGCACUCCUCCGGACUCUCUCACAUUUACCCCGUUCACGGCUUACAUGCUGCUGGGCAUUCCCAGCACGAAAGUCCUUUUCCUGGCAGCGCGUCCUAUGGCCGCUCGUUUGGCUACGCCUACCCGGGCGCGGUGAACACUCAUCCCCCGUCUGCUUACAUGUCCUACCAGCACAGCAAUCACAACAGCAGCAGUCUGGCCCACAGCAGAUUAGAACAGACAGAUCGCGAGAAGUCCACGGUAAUUGAGAACAGGGACAUUCGUCUAAAUGGCAAGGGGAAGAAAAUCCGGAAGCCUCGGACCAUCUACUCCAGUCUGCAGCUGCAGGCUCUGCACCAGCGCUUCCAGCAGACCCAGUACCUGGCCUUACCGGAGCGCGCAGACCUGGCGGCCAAACUGGGACUCACCCAGACUCAGGUGAAAAUAUGGUUUCAGAAUAAGCGUUCCAAGUAUAAAAAGAUCAUGAAGCAUGGCAGCGGAUCAGAGGGAGAACAUCUCCACAGCACCAGCUCCAUCUCUCCCUGCUCGCCCGGGUUGCCACAGCUUUGGGAGGUCUCCAUGGCGAACAAAGGAGCCCAAAUGCACCCAAACAAUUAUAUGAACAGUUUUGGUCACUGGUAUCCAAACCACCAUCCUCACCAGGACGCGAUGCCCAGGCCUCAGAUGAUGUGAUUGUUUUUUGGUGCAGGCCAGGUGCUCGGGCCUAUAUGAAGCGCACUUCAGACUACACUGAACUUGCUGGUUUCUCUCAAGGGCUCUUCUCUGAACUGAAUUGUGUUUAAAUGUGUGUUAAAUAGAACGUGUGCAUAUUCAUUGUAUUUCGUGUGCGUUUUGAAUUCAAUUUUCACAAGAUUCGACCAGGCAUUAAAUAUAUUUUUUAGAUUUGUUAUUAUGUCACGGAAAUUCACUCAGUUUAUAAACUCGCUGAAAUGUGGACUUAGAAAUGGUGUGCAGUUUAACUAGAAACUGGAUAAAGGCAUUUUUUUAAGAAUACGUUGUGUGCGUGGGUCUACUUUAUUAGCAAGAGUUUCAGCUGCAUGGUCCAACCAAUGCUUUGAGCAUUGCAAAUAAAUAGCUGUUGGAUUGGCGUUAUUAUGAUUCAUUUAUCGUGUGCCUGUUUGUUUGGGUUGCUGCUUUAUCAGUGAACCGUUUUCACUGUCAAAUAUUUUAAAACGCAAAUAGAUACGCGUGUAAUUUUCUUCAUCACACUGUGAAAGAGCCGCUGACUGCUUACAGGAGUCCAGAUUAAUGGCAACCGGACUCAAAUGUGAGACUAAAGGUAAAGGCGUUCCUGAUCGGUGGAUGAAAUACAGUAUCUCGAGACUGGUUUGCUGUAAUGUAUAGAGUUUGUUCACCACCACAACUCAGCCCGUGUGAUAAUUCAUCGCUGGGAUCUCAGAUGUCUUUUGUUCAUCGACACUCCUUCGCUGCGAUGGACGAACACCUGCAGAUCUGCUUCGAUUUCGACAGUCAUGUUUUGUUAAAGGACUGAUUCCUGUUUAGAGAAAACAUAUAUUGCUUUCUUAUAUCGUAUCCUCUGUUAAUUUUAGUUUUCAUGUUUUGGGAUAAUUACUUCAAAUGUAAAGCCAGCAGACCACCCCUCCCUUAAAGGAAAAAAAAAAUAGUUCCCAGCAUGGUGAACCAAAGGGAUACGGGGUGCCACCUUUACGCACGGUGGUUGUGUUCAGUGUAACUUUUACGCACGGACUAAGUGGGCUAUGAAAACAGGACGUUUUUCGUCUACUUUAAAAGAAGGUGUAAGAGACGUCUGAGGCAACUUCCCUCUUUUUUCACCAGUGAGGGACACAUGCCGCGAGGAGAGGAGAAAGGAUGUGCAAGCCAGCAUUUUAACGAUAUUUUCCUUCACUCUCGUCUCGAGUGAGAUCAAACUGAAACCUCAGCGUUGUCAUAAUAACAUGACAAAUGGCCAUGCUAUUCCUCCAAUAAACUGUGCCUGAUUUAUAGUCGUUUGCACUGAUUUGCACAUUCUGGCGCUUGCACUGUUUAAACACAGAGAAUUUGUUAUUUAUAUCUUUGCAAACACAAAUCCCGCAAUCUGGGCUGAUGCCCUUGAUUAAAUGGGGGGUUAAAGAAACGUCCAAUGACUUCGUUUUAUCUUUUUCAUUCAUCACCCUGCUGUCUUGGUUGUCUGGCAAACAUUAGAUACAAUUUGUCUGAUGUCACACACACAGGGAUUAGAAAAAUAACUAACCAAUCAUUCAUGCAGUAUCUGUGGAGAUAUUUUCUCCUAAUAUUACUACUGGGCAUUACAUCUAUUAAAAUACAGUAUAUUUACA